CACUGAAAACCCUUUGUGUGCGUCAAACACUGUGUCGUGUCUCAUUGAAAUAAGACCAUGAUUUUCAGUGCAUGACACCAGGAAGUUUCCCGUGUAUACGUCCCUGGGUACUGAUCCCCGCAUCCGAAGGGAGAAAGGACAGUCUACACGUAUCCUUGACUCCGGCUAACUCAGCCUGGAAACUCAGAUGAACGAAGAUUCCUGUACACAUGAUAGAGAUAAGUUUAGUCCCUCUGUGAAAACUGUCUCCAUCAAGUGAGGAUAUAGACAUGGCCACCCUUCUCAGCCUUGCUCUGUUUAUCGGGGUAUUUCACAGCUCGGAUGGAAUCCUAUGCUAUGUCUGCGGCGCGGCUGGAGGAGAGGGGGAGUGUAUUUCUGGGUUCAGUUCCUUCGUGAAUGUCUACAAACUUAUAAAGAACAACAACACUAAGCACGUCAACGACCGUGGCAGCCGCUCUCCUGGUUACGUGGACUGUGCCACCUUCCCCAAAAAACCUAUGUGCAUGAUUGAAGAAAUUCGAGAGAGUAAAACCAGAAAGAUCCUCAGUUACAUCCGGGGCUGUUCAGAUGGCAAGACCUUCUCGUUUGACCUUGCGCCUUUGAAAGGCCUGGGCCCCUCAAACUCCUCGACCUGUGGGUUUGAGACCCGGGGGUUCCAGGCCUGUGUCACCCUCUGCGACUCUGUCGACCUAUGUAACGGACCAUCAGGAGCCAACAGAUCACACCUUAGUAUGGCGCUGUUUGUCAUUUGUCUCGUCGUCCUAAAGAGCACACUUCAGGCGUUUUAGUAAGACGAUUGGACAUUUCACUUGAUGAGAAUGUCAAAUGGCUUGACUAACCGGGACAAACCAAAAAAAAUCUCAAUUUCACAACCUCACAUGUAUGUAUCCCAAAGUGGCUUACAUACAUACCAAAGAACAACUGAAGUCCUCGGAUCAGUUGACAGCCCUUGCAAGUUGGAAUCAGGUCGCUCAAAGCCAUUUGUUUGUCUACUAAAUCCAACUGCUAUGAUUAUGAUAACUCCUGCUGUGAUGAAGAUCAUUCCAGCAGUUAAUCAUCAUUACCAUAAUUAUCAAUUUAUUAUUACAUAUCCGUCAAUCUCUAGAUCUCGGUUGGUUCUGGGCACGAGGUCGUUGAGCAUAGCCUCUCUCUUAAAUUCAUGCUGAUGUUUAACAUCAGUUUUAUUGUAGUGGAGUUUGGAAUAGCCUGCUAUUUCAGAUUGCCGAUCGUGACAGAAAUACCUUAGUCAUCACAAAUAUGAAAUGGAACCGACGCAUUUUUAACUGCAUUUUAAUAAUGCCAUGAAACCGAGGCAUUUCAAAACAUUUCUACUUAAAAUAUAUAUGAAUACAUAUUUCCAUCGGUUGUUCUCAGUGAUUCGGAGGAACCAGUGAUAGAAGCGGUGAGACUAUAAACAGAUCCGCCAUAUCUCACUGUCGAAAUGAACUAUCCUCUAUUUGUUAAAAUUAAGAAUGUAUGGCGCAAAAAAUCACAAGAUUUUAAUCAUGGUUUCUUUUGUAAAUUACUCCAUCAGCCAACUGUAGGUACUUUUAAUAAUAGACAUAUAUUUAAUUAUGGGGGAAAUCUGACUCCAAAGCGGAAAAUUGGCUAUAUAGUGUAUUUUCCGGGUGGGAAAUAUGGCCAUAUAGUGUGCUUUCCGUGGGAAGUAUGGCUAUAUAGCCAGUUUUCCGGGGGAAUUUGGCUAUAUAGCCCUUUUUCCGGGGGAAAUUCCCCUCUCUGACACCGGCACAGACAACAGUUUUUUUCAGUAAAUUGAACAGUGUUUCAUCGCGAAUUGCUGUACCGGCACAGACAACAGGUUUUUUUCAGUAAAUUGAACAGUGUUUCAUCGCGAAUUGCUGUACCGGCACAGAAAACAGGGUUUUUUCAGUAAAUUGAACAGUGUUUCAUCGCGAAUUGCUGUACCGGCACAGACAACAGGGUUUUUUCAGUAAAUUGAACAGUGUUUCAUCGCGAAUUGCUGUACCGGCACAGAAAACAGGGUUUUUUCAGUAAAUUGAACAGUGUUUCAUCGCGAAUUGCUGUACCGGCACAGACAACAGUUUUUUUUUGUAAAUAUAACAAUGUUUUAUCCGGAACAGUUUAUUGGCACAGAGGACAGAAUUCCUGUAAAGUUUUACAGUGCUUCAUGUAUUUGUGAUUCAUGUCAAAUGUUUAUAUCAAAAACAGAUGUGAUUACUGUGUGAUUUGGCGGGUUUCGUUUGUUGACUUUCAGUCAUGUUAUUUAUCUGAUCACAACAGUGUGAGAUAUAUUGAAAUGAUUAAUACAGUAAAUAAAACAUACACGUACAUGGUAUUUUUUUUUUAAAAGAAUAUAUGUUUGUAUUGCUUAGUAUAUUGUUAAGAAUGUCAGUUUAUACAUAGUUACAAAAUGUAUUGUAUAAUUAUUCUUAUAAUAGUAGUCAGGCGAGUUAACGUAUAUAGAGUUACCUCCCUUCGGUGCUUCAAUUGUUCAUGUUCCUUCAGGUUAUGGAUAAACCUUGCUCUUGAA